AUGCCGCCAGCUCCCUUGAAGAAGAAGGUGCCGCUUCAGUUUCCAGCAUGGCUGGUUGUGCAAGAAGACACACUGGCUGAGAACAUCUUCUCUCACAGUCAAUUGGCCUUGGAUCGGUCGACCAGGGACGACAUCGUAUGGUUGUCAGAAGCGCAGUACAUCAUCCCUGAGGCGACGAAGGAUGCAUUGCCACACGCCAGUGAGGGAACAAGGAGUUACAGCGAUGUCCAAGAAUCCGCACAAUACCUGGCUGGAGACUCUUUUCCCAAGUCUGUUCUUUCUUCAUUGCUCAACAAGACGGAGCUGCCCAACAACUUCUUGGCAGUUUGCAAUCUCACCCCUUACGAUGCCUAUCUGGAGAAGACCUGCAUGUAUUGGGGCACAACAGCUGCUGAUGGGAACUCCAUGGCAAGCCUAUCAAUUGCCAAAAGCUGUCAAUGCACUGAGUACUGUGAGCGAGUGAUCGCCACCCAGUUGUUGGAGGAUUGGAAGCAUGGCAAACAUUGCAUGGGUGAUGUUCGCUCAUACGAAAAGGAUCCUCCUCCUCUCACCGACAGUGUGGACCCAAGCGAGUUCGGAUUCGAAAUGGUCUCGGUGACUAAAACUGGCAGUGGAACUGGCUGGGAGAAAUACAAGAUCACUCUUCCUCCACAUGUCCGACAACUCCACAGUUCGUGUGUUAUUAAUGGUGCACAGUGGCGUGAGCUUAUUGCGGAGUUCGACAAAAAGUUCGAUGCCAAUGUGGCCGCCUGUGCCCCCACCUCCACCGCUGUGGUGCCCCACGAGGAAGUGGAAGACACCGAGCCGUGGAAAGAACCAUCGACCUUGGACGAAUUGACUCAGCAGUACAACUUGGAGGCAAAAGUGCCUGGCAAAACAGCAGGAACAUCGCUCUAUGUUGUGGCCUCCAAAGAUCGGGAAGGUAAUGUGCAAGGAGUCGUCGAAGGACAGCCCUACAAGCUGUUCCUUGUGGCACACAUGGACGUUGAUGUCGAAACCAGUGAAUGUCUGUUCGGUCAUGGAGCUUCCAAGUUCUUAAAGGGUGACAAGGUCGCGAAGUGGCAGCGCGAAAUGAACAAAGGGGAAUUGGAUCGCGUGAUGCAGUGCUCCUGGACUUCGGAGAGUGAUCCAGUGAUACUGGAGAUCACUGAGCAGGAGUCUAAGAAGACUUCAGAUGCUGAGAGGUGUUCUCUCAAAGACCUUAUCGACGAACUGCAUGAGACUGUGGGGGACUUUACCAUAAAUUGCCACAGCAUGGAGAAACCAUCUGCAGUGUCGAAGGGGAGUGCUGAUCCAGCAGGUUGGUGGCUUAGGUCCAAAAGAACUUAG